AUGCAAAGACGCACGCAUUUUCACGUUCCCAUUACUUGAAACUUGAAUUUAUAGAUUUAAACAAAUAUAUUUUUUAUUUCGAUAGCUCUAACAAUACGUCCACCAUUAUCCGCAUCCAUGUGCAAACGUAUACGUACGCGGAGGCCAAACAAAACCAUUGACCUGAACAGCACUGACAAAUCCAAUCCAGUGGCUUAUUCAUAUGUAUGUGACGCUAUUUUAAUGGACAACACGCGGCUGAAGUGCUGACAGUUACAUCUACACACGUUUCGAGGAUCAAGAUGGAUAUGGCGACAGCUCGCGCUACGAAGAUACUUCCAGAGCAGGUUGCUGCUGAAUCGGGUGUAACUGGAGUUGGCAGACGGCUCAAUGUGGGUGUCAUGGGGGCUGGUCGCAUAGCAACGUUGGUGCAUCUCGGGAAUAUAAUCGGUCAUCGCAGACUAAAUUUGAAAUGGAUCACAGAGGACGAUCCACAACGAGUUCCGGUUGUAAAGGAUUUGUUUGGUCUUCAAAACACGCCCUUCUUCACGUCAAGUGAUUUGCCGGAACUUCUGUCCAGCAAAGAUCUGGACGCUGUGUUUAUAUUCACGCCGACAGGAACUCACUGCAGUCUUGUGUGUCAAAGCUUAAGCAAAGGUAAAGCAGUGUUUGUUGAGAAACCCGCCGGGGUGAAUCUCGAGGAAAUACGAAGUUGCUACGAACAUUCGGAAAAGUUCGGAAAACCUCUUAUUACGGGAUUCAACAAACGGUUUGACAGUCCUUACCAAAACGUGGUAUCAGCGGUCCACAAUAACGAGGUUGGAGAUAUUCAGAUGAUACGUUUAACAUCAAGAGACUCUCCUAAACCAUCGUACGACUUUCUGGCCUCUAUAGACACGACCGGGUGCGGAAUUCUGACUGACGUGACCGUACACGAUAUUGACAUGAUGGUUUGGAUCACGAAAGCGGAAAGACCGGAGAGCAUAUACGUGAUAACCCACGCCCACGACAAGAAAAUGGCGGAGUUUGGUGAGGCCGACACGAUGGUGGCAGUCGUCAAAUAUAAGUGCGGCAUCAUUGUCACUCUCGACACCAGCCGCUAUGCCGCUUACGGAUACGACAUGAGGAUGGAGGUAUUUGGAUCUGACGGACUGGCUGCAGUGAACAAUCCACACGUUUCGCCUCACGUGAUUGCCGGGGUAGGCGGAGAAACGCUGACCAGACUGAACGAAUCCUUCCCUCAGAGAUUCCGAGAGUCGUACGCCAAUGAGAUGGACCAUUUCAUCGACUGUGUUAAUGGCAAAGCAAAACCACUGAUUACCAAGGAAGAAAGCGUAAUGACCGCCGAGAUUAUUGAAAAAGGAUUGGAAUCGUUUCGUCUAAAGAGACCAGUCUAUUUUUAACCACCUAAACUCAACUAGGGAAGACUGUAAAAUGAAUCAACCAAUUAGCGUUCGUGUCUUAGACUGAGAUUACAACCAAUCAGGCGUUAGAAAUCAACCUAUCAGCGUUUGAAUCUCAGACUAAUAUUUUCAUCCAUGUUUUGACUAGCUUCAGCAUUAUAUGUAAAUGCAUCAUGCACCAGCCUUUAUUUUAGUAGCCAAUGGUUUUUUAAAAACACUCAGAAUAAUAUAGGCACGCAAAUUUAUUUCUUAUAACUACAGUAUUUUAAAGACAAAUGCAAGAUAUUUUAAAGAGUGAUUGUCUUCAUUUUAAAAAAUCUUGACAGAAUAAUUCGAAAAAAAAUGUGUUUUUGUUUUAUGAACUGAUUUCUGUCGAACCGUUUUGAGAAAAUGUCCCAAUGUCUCUUGUAUUUUUUUCUUUAUUUUCUUUAUUUAUUUGUGUGUGUGUGUGUGUGUGUGUGUGUGUGUGUGUGUGUGUGUGUGUGUGUGUGUGUGUGUGUGUGUGUGUGUGUGUGUGUGUGUGUGUGUGUGUGUGUGUGUGUCAUUCUAGUGGGGGGGUAAUGAGAUUUUACGUAUCAACCCCAGAAAAAACAUUGUUAGAUAAUAAUACUGGUCUUGUAUGUAUCAGUGUUUCGAGCUGUGGGUUUUUGCUGUUUUCGUCAGUAUUUUUGUUUUUGUUUUUGUUUCUUGUUUGUUUUGAUUUUUGUUAAACACUAAUUAGAUUUGGCGAUUUUGAGCAUAUCUGUCCCAAAAAAACCCCACACUAAGGUA